AUGCGAGCCCUUGCAAUUCUUGCUCUUGCUACCUCGGCCAUCGCCGCCGUUAUUCCUAGAAAUGCCACAGAGGGUGUCUACGUUGUCGCAUUAGACGAGUUUGGCAACGAGAUCCACAAGCGAAUCUCCGAGCCGCUACAUUCUGCACCGGAGGCUCGAUCGCUGCUCGACGGCGAUGAUGAACUAUAUGGGCGCGAUGACUGGCUUGCAAAUGAGAACACCCCUACCUACUCAACAUACUGCGGCUGCGGUUUCAAGCUCAACACCAAGGACACCGACGCCGCCGUGGCCGAUCUCAGGAAACAAGCCGGCUUCGGCACGUGGUACCCCCACACGGCCAUGUACUCCGUCCGGGGUUCCACGGUCGCCUUCAUGUGCAAGAGAGGCGACGGCAAAGGCUGGGGCAGCUCAAGCCACAUCGGCAAGCUUUUGAAGCAGGCGACAAGCGCUUGCGGGAGCUACGUUCCCGGUACUGCCCAUCAGAACCAGGGCAAUGAUGGAACAACCACCAGCAACAUUGGCAUUAUGCGGUGGUAUGCGGGUCUCGACUUCUGUGGCAAGGCUGAAGGCGCUGGCGAUCAUAGCUGCUGA